UCCCUGCUGAAAACGGACAUCCUGCUGUGUUUAGAGGAGGAGGAUCAGCGGUAUUUACUCCUCCGCUGAAGUUCUUCCUCCUUCUCCUCUGACUGUGAUAGACUGAGCUUAAGGGACUCAGAGAGCCGGGCUGUACAGACUGAGGGCUGCGGGGUCGCUGAACCGAGGCUCUGCAGUGCUGCUGGUGGUGUUGUUGUGGGGGUGCUCGGGUAUCCGCUCGGUGUUAGACGGUCUACAGGGCGGGGAUGUCGGCGGGCGCCGCGCAGGGAGCCGCGCUCGGAGCUCCGGCCUCGGGCAUGUCGAUGUUCCGCUGGCUGGAGGUUCUGGAGAAGGAGUUCGACAAGGCGUUCGUGGACGUGGAUCUGCUGCUGGGCGAGAUCGACCCGGACCAGGCCGACAUCACCUAUGAAGGCCGCCAGAAGAUGACCAGCCUCAGCUCCUGCUUCGCGCAGCUCUGCCACAAAGCGCAGACCGUCUUCCAGCUCAACCACAAACUGGAGGCUCAGCUGGUGGAUCUAAAGUCAGAGCUGACUGAUGUGCAGGCGGAGAAGACCGUGGUGGAGAAGGAGGUCCAUGAGCAGCUGCUCCAGCUUCAUACCCUCCAGCUGCAGCUCCACGCCAAAGCUGGCCAGACCGUGGACUCCAGCUCCAUUAAAGACAGGAUGCCUGUUCCCUCAGUGGAGGAGAUGGAGAAGGAACUGGAGGCCAGUAAGAAAGAGAAGGUGAAAGAGGUGAAGCUGGAGGCAGAGGUCAGGAUGCUUAAAAAAGAGAACGAGGCCCUCCGCAGGCACAUCGCCGUACUGCAGGCGGAGGUGUACGGCGCCAGACUGGCAGCCAAGUACCUGGACAAAGAGCUGGCUGGGAGAGUUCAACAGAUUCAGCUGUUGGGUCGAGACAUGAAGGGACCAGCUCACGAUAAACUGUGGAACCAGCUGGAGGCUGAGAUCCAUCUACAUCGCCACAAGACAGUCAUCCGGGCCUGCAGAGGCCGCAAUGAUCCAAAGAAGCCCUUACCAUCUCCAGCUGGACAUGACCCAGAUUCUCUGAAAAAGACUCAAGGAGUUGGUCCCAUACGGAAAGUGGUUCUGGCCAAAGAGGAUCACGAGGGUCUUGGAAUCUCAAUCACAGGGGGUAAAGAGCAUGGUGUUCCCAUCCUGAUCUCUGAAAUCCACCCUGCUCAGCCUGCAGAGCGCUGUGGGGGGCUGCACGUGGGAGAUGCCAUCUUGGCAGUCAACAACAUCAAUCUGAGAGAUGCCAAGCACAAGGAAGCAGUCACCAUCCUUUCUCAGCAGAGAGGGGAGAUUGAGUUUGAAGUGGUGUACGUGGCUCCGGAGGUGGACUCGGAUGAUGAAAAUGUGGAGUAUGAAGAUGACAGCGGCCAUCGCUACCGCCUCUACCUGGACGAGCUGGAGGAUGCCUCAGCCUCUAGUCAUGGAAAUGGUCCUGCAGAGUCCGCCACACUGCAGGCUGUGGAGAAGCACCUGAGGGCUGAUGGAGGUGAGAACGGAGAUACAGGAAUCUCCAGCGAGAGUCCUUCAGAGGAGACGCCCUCCAAGUCAGCUGAAUCUCCAGAGAGCUCCUCGUAAAGAGAUGACUGCGAGCCAAGGGAGAAAAAAGAGAUCGAAAUAGAGACUCUACCUGUGUAUGAUAUGUAACAUACGAGAUGCUUUUUGUACCAUAUGGAGAAGAGACCAUUUCAGAGUCCACUGGAGAUUGCAUGAAGACACAGAGAGGAAAUGGGGGGCUGUUUCUCACAUGGUGAUGGAAGAGGGGCACAGGAACACUUCACGUCACAGUCUGUGGUUAGUUAAGAAAGAAAGUUGGGAAUGUGCUGUGGUUGGUAGAUGGUGUAAGAGAUGUAAGGCUGCAUGUUACACCUAAAAAUAAUGGUUCUUUAAAUGCUUUUAUUCAGCAGUGCCACAGAAAAAAGCCUGUUUCCAUAAAGAGAGAUAUGUGAGUGUAAAGACCCUUUAAAGUUCUAAAGAAUCUUUACGUGAUGUAAGAUCCACAUGUCUUGAUUUAUGUGACUCUAUGUGUUCUAUGGCAUUGCUUAAGGAAACCUUUUAAGAACCAUUAUUUUAACUGUACGAGCAAAGAUUCCAUAUUGUGACUACUUGUGAUAUAUCUCACAAUAUACUACAAACACAUUAGCCGACCCCUGUAACAUAAUAAUCAAUCAGCCUGCUUAGUUUUGACCAAAAUUAUUUGUUUGUGAUGCCUCAAAACACUGUCUGUGAUUGGUCAGGAUGCUCACAGCAUGCAUUUGCAUACUGAAGGUCUAGCUAGGUGGGUUCACAAGCUUCUGUAUGAGCAGUAAACAGAUUCUGAGACACAUAAACCUUUCUUAUGGUGUGUGUAUAUAUAUAUAUAUAGUGCAGCCAUAAAGAGAUGAAGUAGUGGGUGGUUUUCUUAUUUUCCAUACCUGCUGGUAAAAUGUACUGCUGUGGUGGUCUAGAAUCUGUUUGCUCCUAUUUGAAUAGUUUGAAACUAGAUGGAUUUAGCAACAUGUUGAUGUCAGCCUACAGCCUAUAACCUUAGACAAACAUAAAUAAUAUGUAAAACAUGUCUCUUUUUUUUUUUUUUUUUUUUUUUUUUGUCUAGUCUGACCUCCUUUGAGGUCUGUUCUUCAAAGCCAAUGAAAACCUAAUGACUUCACCUCUUCUUAUGGGUUGAGGGAUUUUGUCCUGAUUCAGCCGUUUUAAAUACACUUAUACCAUAAAGUGCGUAAUAGACAUCACUGUCAGUGUUUCAUCCAGUUUUUUUAUUUUUUGCAUUACGUCUGGUUUCAGUAAGUAUCUGCAUCACAGAUGGACCGGGUUUGUGGGCUUCUGUUGGUUUAAAGGACAAGUUCAAUAGCAUAUAAAAGUAUGCAGGUUAGUAAUAUGAUGGCGUUUGCUUGGAUAAGUAUUUAAAAUAAGAACAUAUCAGGACAGUUUAUGCACAGUAUGUAAAGAUUCUAAGAAUGCAACACAAAGCAAAACUGGUAAUAAUAGCUAGGUGGAUAAAAUUGUUUGGUAAAAAUAGUGAAACUGAUUAGUCCUUAGUCUGUACACUUAGCUUAGCUGCCUGUGAAAGGGAAAUUGUAUGUGAGAGGUGUUUGUGGUCUCAAGGUCAAGCCAAGAGUUUACUUUUUUGACGAAGCAGGACUUUAACUUUAAGUACAUAAACUGGAUUACAACUUUGUAAUACUCAAACCUAGACCCAGUCUUCUGCGUCUGUAGCCAAUAUUUAUUUACUCUGUACUGAAGUAAUGCCACCCUUGAGGGCACAGAAAAUUAGUAAAUUAGUGUAAAUUAGUUGUUUACUGGAAAAACUUAGAAGACUUAAAGUCAACAUGGAUUUUUCCUGUUGCGCCAAAUCCAGGAAGAUAAACGUUUCUAUAAUACAAUUGACUUUGUUAUAGAUGCCGUUGAUUAGGAUAAGCAGGGCUGUCUGGAACAGCUUUUUUAUAUCAAAAGGUGACAAGUUCUUGUUGUCAUUUCCAAACAAGUGCCUGUGUACUUGUUCUCAAAAUUACCCAUAACAAUAAUGACCAAUAAUAUAUACACCAUAUUUACUGCAGUUCAAAAUAUAUCCGGUAGGUGACAAUGAUAAAUCAGUAGCCAGUGAUGGUGCAAAUUAACUGAAAUAUUCUACCAACCGUUGAAUGAACUGUAAAAUGAAUAAACAGUAAUGGUAUUAAGUAACAAAGAAGAACAAAGUCAUGUAUGGCCAGCAGCUCAUAUUAGCCCAGCUCUUAAUUAAAUAUACAAAAUAACUAUUCAUUUCUAAGUGAAUUAAUAUGAAUUCCCUGGCUUGAAUUUAUUAUACAUUAAACCAGCUUUAAUUUAUUUAUUUUUUAACAUAUUCCCUAGAUUAAUUAUUACUUUAACUUUCCUUUUCUAGUGCUUUCUCUGGAAAUAUUGUGAUACAUAUGUCCAAGAUGCCUCAAGUUUAAGGUUUCUUGAGUUAUAUUUGUUGCUCUCUUCUCUUCCCACUAACUCUUUGUGCCGGCUCUCUUUUUAGUGUCUCCUAAACGAAACUUUCCAAUACCUGAAAGCAUAGACUGCAGUGAUGUAUGUGAAAAUUCAUAUCCAGAUGACUAUAAACCUAAGAGUACAUCUCUACAUCUUUAUCUGUAUAUCAGACUUUAUCUUUAUCUGUGACUACCCCACCGACUGCUGCGUAUUUAGGUAGAAUUUUUAGAGAAGGAAUUUUAGCUAAAUAGCAAUAAAGAAAAACUCAGAUCCAGUAUUUGACCUGCUCGCUGCUUUGAGUUCUUUUUCUGAGGUGUAACUUCAUCUGUACACAAAGCCUGUAUGUAUGUGUGUCUGUGUUUCUUUAGCGAACCGAAUCCAGUUCCUGUAGGUUGACACUGAAAUUUGUGAACUUGAGCAAGAAAGAAGCUUCUCCGCUCCUCAAGGCCCUUUCAGAAGCAGGCAGUGUUUGGGGCUGUUGGCUCACAGCACGUCUUGUCCGCACAUGUGGGUCUGUGUGGGGUGGAUGGGCUUUGUGAAAAGCUCUUGGGCAGUUACUGAUGUGUUGGGCGGUGUGUGUGGUGUAGGUAAGGACCACAAGAGAGCAAAAUGCAUGCCACAAGAAACACCAGCAAGCAGAGAGAAGCCUGAAGGAACAAAUGCUCUCUUAGGGUUUAACCUUACCUGUUUUUCAUAUGGUUUGUGUGUUUUUUGAUUUUUUUUUUCCUUCUUAUUUUUUUUUUCUUUUCCCUCUAGUGUCACAUGAUGUGUAUUUCUGCAAUCUAAAGAGAUUUGGUAUAAAUGUCUUAUAUCUGUAGUUACUGUAUAACAAUAUUUGAAUAAACUUAAAUUUAUUUGCCCA